AUGUCAAUCCAGAAUUAUUCCAUCCGUCCAAUUACUUUAGUUUUUGUAUGCUUGGUCAUCCUUCACUUGCUCUCCAGUUCUGGAGUCAAUGCUGCUUCUAAUCAAAUGCACGCACCAUCAAGUAUUGGAAGUGAAGGGAAAGCUCUGUUAACAUGGAAAGCCUGUCCUGACAAUUAUAGCCAAUCAAAGUUGUCAUCCUGGUCAUCUGCAAAUCCUUGCAGUACCUGGGAUGUUCGAUGCAACAAAGCUGGACGAGUGUCAGUGAUUAACAUCACUAGUUUUGGCAUCAAAGGAAGCAACAAACUUUAUGGAUGGAUUCCAGAAGAGAUUGGGAAGCUCAAAUCUCUGACGAUACUCUCUUUAGUUGACAAUAUGUUCACAGAAAUUGGAAACUUGACAAAGCUAAAUGAGUUAGAUCUUUUUGGGAACCAGCUUUCAGGUCUCAUCCCAAAAGAGAUUGGGAAGUUGGGAUCUCUUACUCAACUCUCUUUAGCUAAAAAUAUGCUCACAGGUCCGAUUCCUUUGUUUUUUGGAAACUUAAGUGGCCUGACUCUGCUGUAUCUUUUCCAAAAUUAUCUUCCCAGGCCUAUUCCCAAAAAAAUUGGAAACUUGAGAAAACUAAAUGAAUUAGAAAUUUCUGGGAACCAGCUAUCAAGUCCCAUUCCAGAAGAGAUUGGGAAGCUUAGAUCUCUUACUAUACUCUCUUUAGCUAACAACACGCUCACAGGUCAAAUUCCUCUGUCUAUUGGAAACUUAAGUGGCUUGACUCUGCUGCAUCUUUUCCAAAAUUAA